GCUGGAUGCUUCAGUACAUUAGAGACAACCCACCACUUAGCCCACAACUGUGCGCCACGACCUCUCGGUAACUUCUGGAUUACUGGAAAGCAGAGGGGAUGAGACUACCAGAGAACAUGCCCCUACUGAGUCCUUAUCUUCUCUUGCAGGAGGCUGGAGAGGAACUGCGCUUCCAAACCCACAGCACACCACAGGUAGCGUCUCUAACUAAGGCUAUCUCGUGGACAGAAAUGGAAAGCUCAAACUCUACGCACAGACCUGUUUCCACGACUCAAAAUUCACAACUAGACAGUGAUGUCGCUUUACCGAUUUUUAUGUUUGCUGGAGGCGCCGUUGGGAAUUUAAUUGCAAUAAUCGUUCUUUCGGUAUCAAGACAGCAGCGCAAAUCUUCAGCCUUCUACACGCUGGUGUGCGGGUUGGCGGUGACGGACCUGCUGGGCACCUGCCUGGCCAGUCCGAUAACUAUAGCCAACUACCUUGACCGGAAUGUGCUGUUGGACCAACAUGUCUGCGAGUUUCAGUCCUUUUUGUUGCUGUUUUUCGGUUUGACCGGACUCAGCAUCAUAUGCACCAUGGCGGCAGAGCGAUACCUGGCCAUAUGCUGCCCGUACACCUACCAGCGGUGGGGAGUGGACCGACGCUUUGCGCAGAAGCUUCUCCUCUUCAUCUACAUCAGUCACAUCUUCUUUUGCUGCCUCCCAAUGAUGGGCAUGGCGAAUAGCAGACUGCAGCCGUCCGAAACCUGGUGCUUCAUCGACUGGACGAUACACGAGCCCGUGUCCACUGCCUACUUCGUCCUGUACAGCGUCGUUAGCCUGCUGCUGAUCUUCGGCACCAUCCUGCUGAACCUGGCAGUGUGCGGCGCGCUGCUGCUGAUGCGCCAGAGGGUCGUGCAGCUGCCCGUCACCAGAGGCAGCGUCCGGGAAAGGUGGAGGGCUCUGUCCUCGGCCGCAGAGACUCAAAUGAUCGCGGUGCUGGUGAUGACUUCUGUGGUGGUCCUGGCCUGCUCAGCCCCACUAGUGGUUCGUGUGUUUGUAAACUGCUUCAAGAAUGAAAAAAACUUCAAAGCAGACCUGGCUGCCAUCAGGAUAGCCUCAGUUAACCCCAUCCUUGACCCCUGGAUCUACAUCCUCCUCAGGAAGUCCCUGUUCCACCGGUUACUCGCUUUUUCCAGGCGAGGCAGCAGCAGCCGCAGCAGCUCCCCUCCUUUAACGCAAACCACCCUGUUUACUACCAACAUCGUGAAGGACAGCAGCGUGUUCACCCAGCUGAUGUGCAACGCCAGCAUCAUCACUCAGCUGCCCGCUACUGUCACAUUCACUCCGUGCGACACGGAGAGAGCCUCCAGCAGAGUUGACUCUGCAGAGUGAGCACACGUUCGACACUGAUGAAUGUUUGCUGCGUUAGGGUGGUGUGAGCAGCUUCACACACAGCCACAGACUCUGUCUCAGAGCCACUGAUGAUGAAGAUGUGGUGGGCCCACAUCACGGAGGGAUCCCCGGAGCUGCUGCAGGAUUAUUUAUCGACUGAAAGAGUCGUGCGUCACAGGGCUGACAAGAAGAGAGAAACAAUAUAUGACUGAGAUGUUGUUACUGAAGUGCAAUGUUAGAUCGAGCCUGUCCAAGCUGUCCAAUCUCUCCUUGUGGCUUCUGCCUAGCCGAGACACUCUUUCGCUAGAUGAAUGUCAUCUCUCAUGGGGUUCACCUCCACCUUUCCCCUUCCACUUUCCUCCAGAUGUCUCUGAUAGUGCCAAAGAGCCAUCAUAUGGUUCUUGUGAUGGACAGGAUCCUCCCUCAGCUCCAGCCGUGUUUAUGGAAAACUCCCCGAUGGUUUGUGCGUGUUUUGUUGUUUCUUUUUCAUCAGGAGAAACAUAUGAAAUUAAUAAAGCAGUGACCAAAAUAUGCUGAUGGCUGUUUGUAAUAAAGACUCAUGU